AUGCCACCCGCGGCGGCAGAGCACCCGGAGACCAUGCAGGGCAGCCAAGCGGCCACAGGAGGAGCAGGGAAGGGAGCAGCAGGCAGCCUACCCGUCAGGGAUGGCGCGCAGCAGCGCCGACGGCGGGCGCCAGCUGCCACGCUGCCCGAGUUGCGCUCCCGCGCCGCCUUCCGUGCGUGCGACAGGCUGAUGGAGCAGGGAGCUGGCAGCGAGGCACAGCUGUGGACAGUGGCGCGUGUGAUGUGCGGCGAAGAGUAUGAGCAGGCAAGGGGGAGAUUCCUGGCAGCCGAGGAGCGUGCGAUAGCGGGCAAGUGCGGCAACCCGUUGUGCUCGCGCCCGCCGCGCGGGCAGCAGGACGGCGGCAGCGGCCGCCACCGCAGCAGCACCUCGCAGGCGGUGCUUGGCCAGGACAGCGCCGACGACAUGCCGCUGUACUGCGGCGCUGACUGCGAGGCAGCUGUCAGGCGCUUUGCGGCGCGGCUGGGCAGCGGCGCCUUGGCGCUGGAGCGAUUCACCGCAAUGUACCAGCUGGUACGGCAGGGCCAGCAGCAGCGGCAGCAGGAGCAGCAGGCAGCGGCUGCGGCCCUGCCAGAUGCCCAGGCUGCACCUUCGCCGCCGGCAGCAGAGACGACAGCAGCAGCAGCAGCAGAGGCAGCUCCAGGCGCCAGCGCCGGCGGCCUCGGCAGCAUCUGGGGCAGCGCCGAUCUGGUGCCGCGGCUAGAGGUGGAGCAGGUGCACAAGGUGAAGCACAUCGGGAGCAGCGCAGGCCAGUUUGGCGACUUCAGCCGCAAGCCCAAGCCACGCGCCACGGCCGCCGACGGCGUUGCGCCGCCCCCAAAGCCAAAGGGCGUGCUGAAGAAGCAGUCGCAGUUUGCUGCAGGCACCGCCAAGGUUCCCAUCAUGCUGGCAGAGGUCAAGGAGCGGGAACCCAGCAUUGUGGCUGCAGAGACUGCCCGCGGCCUUCAGCCCGGCCGCGGCGGCAGCAGCAAGGCUGCAGCGGCAGUGGAGGGCUAUGUGCCGCGUGCUGGCAGCACGCCUCGGCAGCGGCAGCGGCGGGUGCGCUUCACUGAUGACACUGAAGCGAGCGAGGCGGCAGCAAAGGGGGAGCGGAAGGAGAAUGCAAAGGAGGGCGGGCGGCAGACCGCAGCAGCAGGUGGCGCGGGCAGCCCGGCGAAUGCAACGGCGGCAGACAGCGCUUCCGCGAACGGCGGCAGCGGCAGCGGCAGCAACGCUGGUUGCAGCGACGCCGACAGCGCCUCGCAGCCCCCAGCUGCCGCGGCAGGAGGCGCGAGCAGCAGCGCAGCAGGCUCGGCGGCGUUGCCUGCGAGCGGCGGCUCCAGCCCCGGUCCUCAAACCCAAGCAUCCCCUGGCAGCGUGCUUGUGUUUGAGGUUGAGCAAAAUGCCAAAAGCACUCUGGGACAAGGCAGCAAGGGCCUGGCGGCCCAGUUUGGGCGCCUAUACGUGGCUGAUGCGGCACAGCUGCCCGCCGCGGUGGCCCCACCCCAGCCCCAGCCUCGUGCUGCUGCCGCUGCAGCUGGCCCCUCGCCGCCCCGCCCGCUGCCCAAUCACAACACCUCCAGUACCAGCAUUGACAUCCAGCAGCGCGGUUUGGGCAACAGCAGCGGCGGCGCCAGCGCUGCGGUGCCGCGUGAGUGGCGUGAGGUGCCCCAGUUCUAUGCGCACAGCCCUGUGGGCAGCAGCAGCAGCCUGGCAGGCUCGUUUGCCAGCCCAGGCAGCAGCAGCGGCAACCUGGCUGCCAUGGCCGCAGCCAGCCCGCCCCAGGCGCAUAUGCCACGCCGGCGGCUCUCCAGCCCUCCGCCAGGCCUCCCGCGUGCCCCCAGCAGCCGGCUGAGCAGCCAGCCAGCCCAGCAGCAGCAGCAGCCACCGUCCACGCCGGACAGGGACCAGCCUCGAGGGCGGGAAGCCUCGCUCGAUGGCAGCAGCAGUUUGCAAGCAGGGCAGGCACCAGAGCAGGAGCAGGCAGCGCCCACCGCCCAGCAGGCCGGGCUGACCAAGCGUCAGGCGGAGCAGCUGCAGCACGCCUUCCCGCAGUUGUCGGCGGCGCUGCCCCCCGAGCUCCAGGCUGCUCUGGCAUCAGACUCGGAGACUGACAGCGAGGCGGCCGACUCAGAGGGGUGGAUGGAAAGCGAAGAGGAGGCUGGCGCAAGGUGGGGCUGCGGCGCGGCGCUGGCGCUGGGAUGGGUGCUGUGUUCGAGUGAUGAGGCAGAGUCGCCAGGCGCUCGCUCGGGCUUCCGCCUGCAGCUCUCCUUCUUUGGCACCUUCUUCACGCACCUAGAGGCCUGGGUCACGUCUAGCACAGCGGAGCUUCUGGCCUCGGGCCCCGACGCCGAGCUCGCCCUGCCGCCGCCCACCUCGCCAGAGGUGCUGGCUGCGCUGAGCCGCUGCCUGUCGGCGGCGCUGCCGCCCGUGUGUGCGGGGCUGCAGGCCGCCGCAGCUCGCGGCCAGGUGGAGCGGAGCCUGGAUGAGCUGCUGCGCACGCUGCGCCUGGUGGGCCCGCUGCCGGCCUUCAAGGCGAGCCAGUGGCAGGUGGUGGCGGUGCUGUUCCUCAAGGCGCUGUCCCUGGAGCGCUGCCCAGCGCUGCGCGAGGCGUUUGAGACGCGGGACGGCAUCACCCGCCUCAACCGCCUGCUGGCCAGCCUCAGCUUCACCAGCGAGGAGUUCUACGCCAUCCUGGAGCUGCUGUGCCCUGUGGAGUGA